GAGAGAGAGAGAGAGAGAGAGUCUUCUCAUCAGCAAGAAGGUUCAUCAGUUUUCUUCAAUCAUUGUUUCAAGGUGUAGAGUCUGAUCCUGUGGAGGUUGAAGAUUUGGAGAUAUGGCAACGUUUGGAGGAACUACCCAGAAGUGUAAGGCAUGUGAGAAGACUGUGUACUUGGUGGAUGAGCUCACAGCUGAUAAUAAAGUCUAUCACAAGGCUUGUUUCAGAUGUCAUCACUGCAAAGGCACCCUCAAGCUGAGUAAUUAUAGCUCUUUUGAGGGAGUAUUAUAUUGCAAGCCUCACUUCGAUCAACUGUUUAAGAUGACUGGUAGCUUGGAUAAGAGUUUUGAAGGUGCGCCAAAAACUGUUAGAGUUGACAGAUCUGCUGACCAGGGAAUUGCUCAGGGCCAUACCAGCAGCAAAGUUUCAAGUAUGUUUGCUGGAACCCAAGAUAAGUGCGUUGCUUGCAAGAAAACUGUGUAUCCGCUUGAAAAGGUGGCGGUUGAUGGCACUUCAUACCAUAGGGCUUGUUUCAAGUGUGCCCACGGAGGCUGUGUGAUCAGCCCAUCAAACUAUGUAGCCCAUGAGCAUCGACUCUACUGUAGGCAUCAUCACUCCCAGCUGUUCAAGCAAAAGGGAAACUUUAGCCAACUGGUCAAGCACGAGCAAGUUGAAGUGGUGACUGAGAACACAGCAGCCUGAGUUUUGCCGAAGAAGCUUCAUCCUAAUGUGUUGAUCUUCUAUCACAUCGAAAAUUUCUGAAGAGAGAGUCAGAUGCGACGGUUAAGAGUAUAAAAGGAGAGAGACUUAGUUGCCUCUAUAUAUUUGUUGUUGAGACAAGAAUUUUGAGUAGAGGAUUAUCAGUUUUCCGCUAAUCCCCCCGUGUGAUUUAUAUGAAUAACAACAAUCGUCUUUUCAAUAAACCAUGUAAGCGCAAAAUUCUUGUUCUGGUGCUUAUUUGAAGCUUGAUAUUGGUUAUUUGUAUGGUAUGGGGUCUCUGUUCCUUAAUAGUCAGUUGUUUCGUACAUUUUGCCAUCUCUAUUGUGUUUUUUGUUGGAACAAACAUUACUAUGCUCAACAUUUUCGUUU